UCAUAAAACAAGAAAGAAACAUGAGAAUCUUGAUAAAAAUGCAAAGAAGCAAAGCAAGUGGGUAAAACAAAGACCCAAAGUCAUCACUUGUCUCCACUUCCUUUUCUUCUCGGCAUUACCAAACACAACAAAGAAGAAGAAGAAGAAGUGACUUAUCAUGUCUCCUCCUCCUUCUCUCCAAUGCCUCACAGUCUCCUUUGCCUUAAUCUUCUUCCUGAGCUCCGCCACUGUUCUCUCCCACUCCGAUCUGGUCACCCGUUUACCCGGUCAACCCCAGGUCGGAUUCAAGCAAUACUCUGGUUAUGUCACCGUCGACGAAAAGAAACACAGUGCUCUGUUUUACUACUUCGCUGAAGCUGAAACUGAGCCCACCUCUAAGCCUCUCGUCCUCUGGCUCAAUGGAGGACCUGGAUGUUCAUCUUUGGGUGUUGGUGCAUUCUCAGAGAACGGACCAUUUAGACCAAAAGGGUCAGUUUUGGUCAAGAAUCAACAUAGCUGGAACCAAGAGGCUAAUAUGUUGUAUCUAGAAACACCUGUUGGAGUUGGAUUCUCUUAUUCAACUCAGAGCUCUUCGUACGAGAGUGUGAAUGAUAAGAUCACUGCAAGAGACAACCUUGUGUUCUUGGAAAGAUGGUUCCUCAAGUUCCCUCACUAUCUCAACAGAAGUCUCUUCAUCACUGGUGAAAGCUAUGCUGGCCAUUAUGUUCCCCAGUUAGCUGAUCUAAUGAUUCAGUACAACAAGAAGCACCAUUUGUUCAAUCUCAGAGGAAUUGCUAUUGGCAAUCCCGUUCUUGAGUUUUCAACUGACUUCAACUCACGAGCUGAGUACUUCUGGUCUCACGGUUUGAUAUCGGAUUCGACAUUCAAACUCUUCACUUCUUACUGUAACUACUCACGCUAUGUGAGUGAGUACUACAGAGGGUCAAUGUCUAGUAUCUGCUCUAAAGUGAUGAGCCAAGUUAACACUGAGACGAGUAGGUUUGUGGAUAAAUAUGACGUGACACUCGAUGUCUGCAUUUCCUCUGUGCUAUCUCAAUCCAAAGUCGUAAGCCCUAACCAAGUGGGAGAAUCAGUAGAUGUCUGUGUGGAAGAUGAGACGGUUAAUUAUCUAAACCGAAGAGAUGUGCAGGAAGCUCUUCAAGCUCGGCUCGUUGGAGUACGUGAAUGGACAGUUUGCAGCAAUGUGCUUGAUUACCAAAUGCUUGAUGUGGAAAAACCAACGAUUAAUAUCGUAGGGAGCCUUGUGGAAGCUGGAGUUCCAGUUCUUGUCUACAGUGGAGAUCAAGAUUCUGUGAUCCCUUUGACAGGAAGUAGAACCUUAGUUAGCAGAUUGGCUAAACGGUUGGGACUGAGAACAAGUGUGCCUUAUAGAGUCUGGUUUGCAGGACAACAGGUGGGUGGGUGGACGCAAGUCUAUGGAAAUGUAUUGUCAUUUGCUACGGUGCGAGGAGCUGCACAUGAGGUCCCAUUCUCACAGCCUGAGAGAUCACUUGUGCUGUUCAAAGCGUUCUUGGAUGGUCAUCCUCUUCCUGAAGAGUUCUGAUGUUUUACCAUAUGAUGUGUUGAGCUUAUGUAUGUAUAUGUUAAUAGGUUUUGGCAAAAAGUUUAGCACUAAGAAUGGCUUUAUUUAAUCGGCGAAAAAGCCAAAAAAAAGCGGAAAGAUUUUUUUGUUUUUUGUAAAGAUGUGAACCUUGUAGGAAGGAUGUGUAUGUUCUUGGAAUUUGAGUGUUGUGUGUUACUGAAGGGUAGAAUUUAAAAGGAGCUUCUACUUGCA